AUGAAUGACAAACUUGUAUUCACAACCGAUGGAACAGGUGUUGAUAAAACAGUUAUUGUUCAAGUUGGUGACCAAGUUUCAAAUCAUGAUAUCACAAUCAGUUAUAAAGCACCAACAAUCACUUCAAUAUCAAUAAAAGAUCCAGUACCAACGCUUGGUGGUGGAGCACUUGAAGUUGUAGGAACAUCAUUCGGUUCAGAUUCAGAUCAAUUCGAAAUCAAUAUUGGUGAUGGAUCAUGUGAAGAUAUCGUAUUAAUCAGUGAUACCAAAGCAAGUUGUACAAUUCCAAGUGGAAGUGGAAGGUUACUUGUCACAGUUCAGGUCGAUAGUCAACAAACAGAGUUGUCACAAGAUUUUGCAAUCAUUUACAAAGGACCAAAUAUCCUUCAACUUGUUCAUCCAGAAUUCAAUACGUCUAUAUAUAACGAUUUCUGGAUUGCCGGUACCGAUUUUGGAUCUGAAGAAGACAUUCCAAUGAUUUCACUCUAUGGAUUUGCAGCAGCGGAAUGUGAAUACGAUUUCGAGAAUUGUUACAAAUCCAAAGAAUACUUUGACACCAAUGGUAAUUCAAUAGAUCCACCAACACAACAAUAUAUCGAUGGUGCUGAAUAUGACCCGUAUAUCGAUUUAAGUGAUUCAUUCAGAACAACAGUUGAUUUCUAUUGUAUCAAGUGUUUGCUUCCACCUGGAUUUGGUGACAAUAUAUCUGUUGCCGUUGUGAACGAUCUUACCUAUGGUUGGACAUUCCUCGACCAUACACUGACAUUCCCAAAUUCCAAGAUUUACUCAAUCGAACCACUCAAUAGCAGCACCGAUGGAAACACUACCAUUUCGAUCACUGGUACAAACUUUGUUCCCAACGAAUAUAUUGUAUAUUCAUAUGACAAUGAUACCGAUACCUAUGUAGACGAUGCACUUUUGGAAGGACCAAUCACAUUCUCGAAUAUCACACUCGACAAGACACUAACUACAAACAACAAUUUCACAAAUUCGACAUUCAUCACAACAGUAAUUCCAGCAGGAAUUGGAAAGAAUCUCAACAUUUCAAUAUCACUUGGAAAUGUUGUUGAUAUCGACACAUUCAACAAAAAAUCAUUCACUUUUUCAUACAAUCCCCCCAAUGUAACAAAGAAAAUUGUAAAUCAACCAACAAAAGGUGGAUUAUUUUCAAUUGAAGGUUUAGAUUUUGUUCCAGAGAUUCUUGCCAAAUCACAACAAACAUUCCCAAAUAGUAAUGUUACAAUCGAUGGUAAACUAUGUACCUCUUUGCUUUGGAUCAAUUCGACAUUGAUAAACUGCACUGUUGUCGAAGGUAUCGGUGCAAAUUUGACACUUGAAGUAUUUGUUGGAAAUCAAAGCAGUAUUUCAGAUGGAAAGAGUUCAAUUAAAUUAUUCUCGUAUAUUGCACCAAACGUUACAUCUGAAGAAUUAAGUGGUACAUCAAAAGGAAAUGUUGAAAUUACAAUCAAAGGAACAAACUUUGUUCCAGCAAGUGUUGUGACAUCAGCGACAAACGACAAGACAAACAAUUAUAUUUCGAUCAACGGCAAUCAAUGUUUAUCAACAAAAUGGGAGAAUGAUCAAACAUCAUAUUGCACAAUUCCACCUGGAAUUGGAACUGAUUUAAAUGUUCUGGUUGUUGUUGGAAAUCAAAAAUCACCAAACAAUGCAGUAUUCUCUUAUGAUAGACCAAUUUUAGAAAAAGAUUUAUAUUACUCAGGACCAAAUGAAGGUCAAUAUGAAAUUACAAUUAAAGGAUCAAACUUUGUACCAUCUGAAAUUGCAGAUAAAGUUACAAAAUCAGAGAGCAAUACAAUUAAGAUCAAUGAUGUCGAAUGUCCAUCAAUAAGAUGGUCAACUUCAUCGAUUUGUUAUUGUACAAUUCCUCAAGGUUCUGGACAUAAUCUCACAGUCAAUGUUACAGUUGGAGGUCAAUGGACAUCAACAAACGAUUAUUUCUCAUAUUAUGACAUUCCUGAAAUUUCAUCGAUUCAACCACUCAGUGAUGUCGAUGGAACUGAACCAAUUACAAUCACAGGUAAAUUCUUCUAUGGUAAAGAUCUAAAGGUUCUCUUUGAAGAAAAAGCACUUGAUUCAUCCAAGAUUCUGUCGAUUUCUGAAACCAAGAUUAUAUUCACUUGUCCAAGUGGAGGUGGAACCAAAUUUAAAGUCCAAGUCAAAGCACAUUCUCAAGAAAGUGAAACAUUUACAUACGAUGGAUAUAAAGCACCUUCGAAUUUACAAGUUAGACCAUCAAGUGGAAAAACAGAUGAGAGUCAACCAAUUGAUAUUUCAGGAAAUAAUCUUGGUUUGUUAGGAGAAAAAGUUAAAGUUACCAUUGAUGGAAAGAAUUGUAUCAAUCCAGUUGUCUCUUCUUCUUCGUUAGUUACAUGCUAUACUCCAUUUGGAAGUGAAGGAACAAAGACAUUAACUCUUACUUUCAAAGGACAAUCUGGUGACUCUCAAUACACUUAUGAAGAGGAAGAAGAAAGUAGUGAUCACCAGAGUGAUGAUGAUGAAACCGACGGUGAUGAUGAUCCUUCAGACACUACCGACAGUGGAGAAUCGUGGUGGGAUAAACUUAAGAAUGUCUGGCAAGUGGUUGUUACAGUUGUGGUCACUGUUGUCGUUGCUGUGGCAGUAGCUAUCGAGAUGUUAGCUACGGAAGCGGUUGCAGCAACAUUUGCACUUGCAGAAAUUACAAUUCAAACAGCAGAAGGAUUGACAUUUGUUAUUGAGAAUGUUGCUGCUGAAGUUACAACAUUUGUAAUUGAAGAACUUGCUCAACCUUUAUCAGCUGAACUUCUUGGUGUUUUAGAAACAACUGAAGUUUUAGUGACAGAGAAUGCAUUUUUCGCCAAUAUUAAAUUACUUGUCACUCUUUUAUUCGUUGGUGGAGGAACCGCUACAGGUGUUGCUGCUGGAUUUACUGGAAAAUAUGUUGGAAUUGGAAAAACCACAACCGAUACAACUUAUCCAUACAUGACUGGUUUACUUGUUGAUCCAUCGAUUCAACAGAAAUUCUCAGACUUUAAAUCCAUUUUGAUUCAAUUGAAUAUCACUCAAAACGAUGGAACUAUAAAGACUAGAUAUUACACUCCAGAGGUUGGAGGUGUGAAUAUGCCAGUUGAAGGAGAUACUAUUCUCACGAUUAUAACGAAAUCAUCUCAAUUUAGACCAAUGAUCAACAAUAUCAAAUAUAAAUUCUCUGAUUAUCCACCGUAUACAAAGAAUAUAGCUGAAUCGUUUGGAUUGUUAAGAUCCGAUUACAUUAGCGAUGAACGUGCAAUUUUCUAUGACAAUAAUGGUGCAAGAUUAACUCUACCAAUUGGUGUCUAUCAAUCAGAUUUCCUUUCCAAUAUUGGUUGGAUCAAUUCACGAAUCAGUUCAAUCACAACCAUUUGGAAUCUAACAAUAAGUGUCUGGACAUCCAAUUCAGUGACUCAAUAUUAUGGACCUAUCACCUAUGGUACUCCAAUGACAUUACCAUCCAAUAUAAUCAAACUUGAAAUAUUCUUGAAUUCAACUGUUACCAAUGUUAAGAAAUUGGAAAUUGAAUCACCAACAAUUGGUACUCAAAUUACAAUCAAUAAUGCAUACCCAACAAUGAAAUCACUCAAUAUCUUCUUGGAUGACCAACUUGUAAACUGUGUAAUAAAUGCAAAGAUAUUGAAAUGUCCGAUUUCAGCAGGAAUUCAAAACAAAACACUCUCACUUCGUUGGAACAACUAUGAUGUUUAUCAAAAGUAUAAUAUAUUCUAUACUGCACCAGUAAUCACUUCACAUAUUGAGAAUUUAGAUAUUCAACAAAAUGGUCUUCCAAAUAUUGGAUCUUUGAUUUUCCACUUGAAAGGUACCAACUUUAUUCCAAAUAAUGUCAAUCCAUUGAAUUCUAAAGUUUUGAUCUCUGGUGAACCAUGUCAAUUUACCAAAUGGGUUGAUGAAAACAAUAUCAUUUGUCUAUCAUCAAUCAAUUCAUCUGCAACUCUCAAUAGUUUUAUUGAAUUAACAAUUGGUUCAACAACAAGCAAACCAUACACAUUUAACUAUAUUUCACCAAUUUGUGUUGGAGAUACAAUCAAUGGAGAAACCACUCUUGCAUCUGGUACUCAUCUCGCACUUAGUCAACCAUUUACAUCAAUUUUUUCACCAUCGAAUUGUUAUUCAGAAAUUAACUAUGUAAAUUCUUCAUUGAUUGUAACACAAGUCUCAUGGUUUGGAAAUCUUACAACAACACCAGAGAGUCUCACAACCAUUGAUAAUAUUACUAUUUCAUCACCAAGUUGUAAAUGGAAUUUAACAUUUGUUGAUUCACAAUCACAAACACUUAAACUUGGAAAAGGUCAUUACGAUGAAGCGUAUCUUCAAUCGAUUGGAUGGUCAAAUAGAAUUGUUUCAUUCGAUGUGAUUGUUGGUUGCAGAGUCACUGUGAGCAAGACAGCACCAACAAACUCUGCAUUCUCGAUUUCAACACAUUCCAACAUCACUCAAGAAACAAUGCCAACACAACUCUUGUCUCAAAUUACAACGAUUGAGAUCUCUGAUUGGAAUUUGGACAAUGUUGAUUUUGGUGUAACCACAUAUACCAACCAAUGGAUUAACUUUUAUGGUAUCGAUCAAUCAAAACUUUAA